AUGGAAUCCCGUACCAUCCUCGUGAGGGAUCUGAAGAAUUUUUUCGAACUGGAAAGACUCCCUCCGUGCGAUUCCACGGGUCGGUGCAGGAUACGUUUCCUCUCCUGCGGCAGAUCGCCGGUGGACAAGGAAUUCGUGCAGAAGAAGCUGGACUCGGCCCUGAAGGCGCAAGUGAGCCGAGCCCCCCCGACGGUCCACGACGCCACCUACGCCACGUUCUUGGACGUGGCCGUGCUUCGAUGCCUGUUCCUGCCCCAUUGGGUCGAGGACGGGGUCUUCUGGGCCCUCCAGUUCCUGUAUCAUCGGUUGCAGGAAGUGCAGGACGAGGAGGCUCGAAUGGGAAGCCCCAGGAAGCGCAGCAGUUCCCUCCCGCCCCCGACGCCCGAGCCGUUCGUAUUCGAAACAGGUCCGUUCUCUUUCAAGUCCCUCCAAACCUCUCCAGGCUCCUCCAACCUCUCCCCCCAGGCCCCUCCAGGCCCCUCCCAUCGAGACGGCAAUAACGAAUUCAUUCCCAUCGCAGAGGAGGAUGGCGAAAUCGAGGAAGGGCGACGAGACCAGGAAGAUGAAGAAAGGGCGAUCAGAGAAAGAGAAGAGAGAGAGAGAGAAAGAGACAGAGACAGAGACAAGGACAAGGACAAGGACAAGGACAAAGACAAAGACAAAGAUAGACGUUCAGAGAAGAAAAAACGACGGAACCCCGUAGAAGGCUUCAAGCAACUCCUGGAAUCGAAACUGAAGUCCUCCUCCGAACGCUCCCUGGUCCAAGUCGGUCACCACGACGGACUGCUGAGCCCCACGCUGCCGGUCCGCCCCCUCUCUGCCAUGGACGAGGCCCCGCCGUUCUUGCCCGGCCGCCUGAGCAAAGGCUCCAGCAUGCCAAGUCUGAGGUGA